AUGCCGGGCCGCGCGCGGGCUGCUGGGAACGGGGCAGAGCGCGGCCGCGCCGGCGCAUUGAGAGAAGCGGAAAUCGCCGCGAAGGACGUGUUCCUCAUGAUUCGGCGCCACAAGACCGCCAUCUUCACUGAUGCCGAGGAGCCCAGCACGGUGUUCGAGCUGAAGUGCAUCGUGGAGGGAAUCCUCAAGCGGCCUCCCGACGAGCAGCGGCUAUGCAAGGACGACCAGCUCUUGGAUGAUGGCAAGACACUUGGCGAGUGUGGCUUCACCAGCCAAACAGCAUGGCCACUGGCUCCAGCCAUAGUGGGGCUGGCCUUCCAGGCAGACGACACCUUUGAGGCCCUGUGCAUCGAGCCGUUCUCCAGCCCGCCCGAGCUGCUCGUCGUGAUGAAGCCCCAGGACUCUGGAAACAGUGCCGGUGAACCAGCUGUGCAGUGAGGACC